AUGGGCCAUGUUUAUGGUCUUAAGUUGGCAUGGAGACACAAUUGCAGGACCCUUAUCGUUGAAACCGACUCUCAGCUAGCGAUUCAACUUGUGAAAGAUAGGUCAGACCCCUUACACCCAUAUGUUGCGCUCUUAAUGGCCAUCAGACGUUUGAUUGCUCAAGACUGGAUUGUGAAUCUAUUUCAUGUAUACCGGGAAGGGAAUAGAGUCACGGACUGGCUCUCGAAGCACAGUCUCGUCUAUCCCUACGGUACACAUGAAUUAGAGACACCUCCGUAUGAGCUUCUUCAGCUGCUUCAGGAUGAUGCUGAAGGCGUCACUUUUGCUAGACUCAUUAUCCCUUCUCCCGGUUCUCCUCACCUGUAA